ACCAUCUCUAUUCUCUGCCUUCAGGAAAAAGCAAAAACCAUCUCUCUCUCUCUCGAUCGAUUUCGACAAUAAAACCAUUGAUUCUUCUACUCUACCUCGCUCUCCCUCUCUCUCUUUCUCUUUUCUUUCCUAGGAUUAGGGUUGAGGUUAUCGAUUCCAUGGGGCAGCAAUCGUUGAUCUACAGCUUCGUCGCGCGAGGGACGGUGAUCCUAGCCGAAUACACGGAAUUCAGCGGCAACUUCACCAGCAUAGCCUCCCAGUGCCUCCAGAAACUCCCCGCUUCCAACAACAGGUUCACCUACAACUGCGACGGACACACUUUCAAUUACCUCGUCGACAACGGCUUCACUUACUGUGUGGUUGCAGUUGAGGCUGUUGGGAGACAAAUUCCAAUUGCCUUCCUCGAGCGAAUCAAGGAGGAUUUUACCCAAAGAUAUGGUGGGGGAAAGGCUGCAACUGCAGUUGCCAGUAGCCUCAACAAGGAGUUUGGGCCCAAAUUGAAGGAGCAGAUGCAGUAUUGUGUAGAUCACCCGGAGGAGAUCAGCAAGCUGGCCAAAGUGAAAGCUCAGGUCUCAGAAGUUAAAGGAGUUAUGAUGGAAAAUAUUGAGAAGGUUCUUGAUCGUGGAGAAAAGAUCGAGCUUCUGGUGGAUAAAACAGAGAACCUUCGUUCUCAGGCACAGGAUUUCAGGCAGCAAGGAACCAAGAUGAGGAGAAAGAUGUGGUUGCAGAACAUGAAGAUAAAGCUGAUAGUUCUUGGUAUCCUGAUUGCCUUGAUUCUAAUCAUUGUUCUCGCCGUCUGUGGUGGUUUCAAUUGUGGUCACAAGUGAAUUGGUGCUCUACGAUUUGAUUAAUGCUGGUUUACCUAUGGUUUUGUUUUUGGUUACAUGGUCCACCUUCUGCUGUAUGUUGUACGAUGAUGCCUGUAUAGUUUGUAUCCCCGAGUUUUUUUCAAGCAAGUCUGUCGCAUGUCGUGUGUUAAGCUUGUUGCAGGUCAUUCAUGUGUUACAUUACAUAUCUGGUUGAGGAGUAUCAUUUUUUAGUAUUGAGGUUGAAGCAAUGAAAUGGAGUCAACCACUGCGUUGCAUUU